AUGCAGGUGACAUCAUCUUCUGCCGCUUAUCUUUUACCAGGAUCAUCAUCAUCGAUAGGAGCUAAAGCAACACUUACUAAACAGACAUUACCAAAACCAUUACAAACAACAGGAUUAGCAACACUUCAUUCUGUUCAUCAUCAACUUCAACAUCCAUUUCAUCGAUCUUCGGUUUCUAAUCAACAAUUUUCGAGAAUACCACCUAACGGUGACACACAUCACUCAUUAACGGCUACUAAUACUAACAAUAGUACUUCACUAUUGAUGACAAAUAAUAAUCAUAAUACUAAUAACAACACGUCAUGUGUGUUGACAACUCAUAAUGGUGAUGACGGUAGUGGUUCUGGCGGACAUAGUCUUUCACAAAGUAUGGAAUCGAUUAAUAAUAUUGGUUUAACAGAUGAUGAGGUAAGCGAAAAAGAAAUGCAAGGAAUUUACUGUAGACAUAUGAUUAGAUUCAUAUCUUUGCAUUAGUAACAAUAAGAAGAUUACCACCUGGCAUAGUUCGAUCUCUAAUUGUUCCGUCUUAUUUGUUUAUCUUGUUUCUCUGUCUUUCUAUACAUUCUUCUGUUUUUUUUCUUCUCUGUCUUAUCGAUUUUUCUUUUGUAUAUGCCUAUACACAUGACAAGAUCCUAAUAGUUGAUUGUUCUGAUCGAUUCAGCAAAAUAACAGUAACAUUUUUCUUCUUCUUAUUAUUACUAUGAAAAUAGAAGUCUAUCAAGCUUGUUGUCGAUCGUCGUCGUUAUCAAUUGUUUCGAAUAAAGUGACAUUGUUCGGACAUUUUUUUUCGCUCGGAGAGAAUUAACUUUGUUAGUUUCCACUUCAGAAUUAUAGAUAUUCUAAUCAAUGAGUCAUCAUCGUUGUUCGCCAGAUUGUAUAAUCAAUUUAUGAACAAAGACAAUUAUGAUCGAUCUAGGUAGUAAAUAAUUCUUUUUUCUUUUGCUCAUUUGAAUCAGUAAAAAGAAAAAGAAAAAGAAAAAGAACAAUCAAAGAGAAUAUAAACAAUGUUUAAACAUAUGUAUAAACUUUCCAAAGAAGAGAUUUUGUUAAUUUCUUUUUUUUUUUUAUCGUCUUAGUUGUUUAAUACUUUCUUAUUUCUUCUUUUUUUACAUGUUAUUGAUUCUUCUUUAUCGUAUUCAUAUAUAUUUCUUAUUGAUUGUCAGAGAACGAUGCAGAUGUUGCCAAUGUUAACCUGUGCACCUACGAGCAAGUAAAGGGAGAAGGGACGCAGGACAUUGACCUUUUUCCUUUAUAUGACUUGUUCAUUGUAGAAGAAACCUUUGUCUAUGUCAAUAUAUAUACAUAUAUAUGUCUGAUUCUUAUAAUCAAAGAAAAAAUUGUCAAAGAUCGAUGUGUAUGCCUACGAGAAAGCUCACGCACGAAUGAUGAUCUACAUGGGUCGUCGACGCUCUCUGCUUAUUACAUUUCUAAGUAUGUGGCAAGCAUAUGCAGUUAAUAGGCUGAAAGACGAAGAUCCGACCGACCAUAUACUAAUUGCUAGCACGCACAGCUGUUCUUUGUAGCGAUUGAAUAAACGAAAGAAAGGAUAGAAGUAAGACGUGAUGAGUGAUAAAGAUGCAUUUUCUUAUAGAAGGAAAUCGAUUUUCCACUUGUCCCUCAGGCAAUUCACACGUACAUCUACGUCAUUUUUUUACUCAUCAUCAUUAUUAUUAUUACACGAGAGAAUUAUUUAUUGCAAACAUAUCAAAUCGAUGAAAAAUAAGAGUUACAUUGAUAUAAGAAAGAAAUAAAAAUUUGAAGGUUUUCUUUUUUUUUUCUUCUUUCGCCCGGAAGACAGCAAUUUGCUUGGAUAUUAUAAUAAUGAUCACACUUUUGACUUAUUCUAUUCUUUCUUUGACACUCGCAAAGAAAGUAGUUGUAGAAAGAAGGCGAAGAAGAAAAAAAAAGAAACAUUAGUCUUAUUGAAAAAAAUAUACAGACAAUU